GGUCUUCUAUCACAAUGGAUUUUGUGUACUAGCGAUUACGACCCCUAUACGCUCGCGUACAUUAGCCGCGAUGCUGCUUGGAAGAGCCAAUGUCCAACCAGCGGUGAUCUGGAACGAUCGAAGUCAUGGCCGUCUUCUGCAGACUUGGACGCCGAGGGUAGCGACGAUGAUAUCGACUCCACCAGUUCGCCGCGGGCUACUCGGACCGCCAUACCGGGGAGGUGCGAAUCCGUGCAGCGGGGAGCCGUUCAGGCCUUCGCCCGGGGGUCCGGGCGUGCGUCCGCCGGGUUCAUGGAGCAUACAUAGCACGACAAACGAGGGAUCCCACCGCUCGGGUUCGUUAUCGCUGACAUCCACGUCAACAGAGAGGAAGAUGGGAUUGACGAUACCAAUACGCGAUGCUUUGAGGUCAGAAGGGAAGAAGGCGGCAGGCGCAUGGCUCACCAUCCCGAGCACCGUCGUCGCGCGUACGAUCGCUAAUACCGAUGGUGUCUCAUGGGUGGUGAUUGACGGCGAACACGGCCUCAUCACAGAUGAAAAGUACUACGAUCUAGCGAACACGAUCGCAGAUCGCGGUGUCUCGCCCUUCAUUCGCAUCCCGGGUGACGAACCCUGGAUGAUCAAGCGAGCCCUCGACGCGGGCGCGCACGGCAUCGUUGUGCCCAUGGUAAACUCGCUCGACAUCGUCCGCAAGGUCGUCGCGGCGUGCAAGUACCCGCCGAACGGUGUCCGUGGAUUCGGGCCAAUGUUCACCCACGCCGCCGGUGCCCUUGGAGCCCAGUACCGUGCCGCAGCGGAUGCCGAGACGCUGAUUGCAGUACAGAUCGAACACCCGGAUUCAUUGAGGGACGUGGAAGCGAUUUGCAAGGAAGGGAUCGAUAUCGCAUUUAUCGGACCGUUUGAUCUUGCGCUCUCGAUGGGCGUCGAGUUCGGUUCCCAGGAGCACGAAGAUGCCAUCGCGCGGAUCUUGGCCGCUGCCAAAUCCGCCGGCAAGCUCGCAGCCAUAUUUUGUCUGACUGGCGAACAAUCGGCCAAACGAUUCGAGCAAGGCUUCGACCUGGUGAGCGUCACGACGGACAUCGACUCUAUCACCGCCGCUUUCGCGAACGAGCUCAGUGCGGCGGUUAAGGCGAGUGGAGUAGCUUCUGCGAAGUCUGGGUAUAGCAUGUGAACGGUGGCGACACAACUGUCGAGUUCGGCAUCGAGAAAAUGAUAGGUGUAUUAAUAAGAAGCCUGUUGUUAUCCUGCCACGGCUACGGCGGACGUCGUAGACUUCUCUGGUGCUUGCACCGGGUGUGCUUUCCCGUGACGGGAAUGCUUUGUCUCCUUUAUAGCGCUGUAUGAGUAUUGAAAUUUGUAGUGCC